AUCCCUGGAGUCGUCGAGAUCCUUCGGGCUGUCGCCAACCCGAUACGGGAACUGAUGUGUAUGUAUCACGAAGGGUGCCCUGGGUAUCGUGGUUGUAUAAAGAUCUACUCCGCAUCCCCAGGUUUUGCUUCCCCAGAUCAUCAGUGCUCUCUGCAGAUUGACUGGUCCUCUCCAUCACUCCACUUCACACUCAAGAUCUAGUAUCUCGAGAUCGACUUGUUUCUCUUCAUCACUCUCCACUGAAACAACACUCAAUAUGGUUUCCUCCGAUAAGAAGGACAACGAGGUUGUCAUGCUCGAGCAGCAGAGAACCAAUGAUUACCCAGAGAAGUCCAUUCCGGCCAUCGCAAAGGUCGAUUACUCAGGUGCCUACGAGAAAACCGACCCUAGGGAAAUUGCCCUUGUGAAGAAGCUGGACCGAUGGAUCAUGCCCAUGUUGUGGUCCAUGUACUGGCUCAACUACCUUGACCGCAACGCUAUCGCUCUCGCUCGUCUGGACGACCUUGAGGCGGAUCUCAACCUCACCAGCACACAGUACCAGACCUGUGUGUCUAUUCUGUUUGUCGGUUACCUGCUUGGCCAAAUUCCCAGCAACAUGUUCUUGAACCGAACUCGUCCCUCCCGCUACAUGGGUAUCUGCAUGAUGCUCUGGGCUGUCGUCUCCGCUGUCACUGCUCUGUCCAAGGACUUCAAGGGCCUUCUGCUCACCCGCUUCUUCUUGGGUGUCACUGAGGCUCCUUACUACCCUGGUGCUGUCUACCUCCUCUCCAUGUUCUACAACCGUAAGGAGGUCGCCACUCGCAUUGCUAUCCUCUACACUGGAAACAUCCUUGCCACUGCCUUCGCUGGUCUGAUCGCUGCUGGUAUCUUUGAGGGUCUUGGUGGUGUCGCUGGUAUCUCUGGAUGGCAAUGGCUCUUCAUCCUCCAGGGUAUCGUCACCUUCUUGAUCGCCAUCGUCGGAUUUUUCCUUCUUCCCGACUUCCCUCACAACACUUGGUGGCUUACUCAGGCUGAGCGCGACCUCGCUGUAUCUCGCAUGGCCAUCGAUACUGUUGGCAAGAGCGAGGACACAUCCGUCUGGACUGGUUUCCGCCAGGCUGCAAAGGAUCCCAUGGUCUGGAUCUUCGCUUUCAUGGCUCAUAUGCAUUUAGCUGCCAACGGCUUCAAGAACUUCUUCCCCACUGUAGUCAAGACCCUUGGAUUCAACCGAACCAUCACUCUUGUCCUCACCUGCCCUCCUUACCUCAUCGCUGGUGCCGUUACGAUCGCCGUCUCUUGGUCGUCUGGAAAGUUCAACGAGCGCACAUGGCAUAUCACCAUCUCCAAGAUCGUUGCCACUGUCGGUUUCCUCGUCGCAUGCGCGCCCCUCGGUGUUGCAGGCCGCUAUGUUGCCAUGAUUAUCUUUACCAUUGGUACCUACGGUGUCAACUCUCUUAUCCUGGGUUGGUGCGGUUCCACCUGCGGUCAGACUCCUGAGAAGAAGGCUGUCGCAAUUGGCAUUGUCACGACUGUCAUGAACGCCUCCUUCAUCUGGACCCCAUACUUGUGGCCCACAUCCGAUGCUCCCCGCUACGUUAUUGCGCUCUCGUCGUCCGCUGCCUUCUCCAUCGCCACAUUCCUCACUGCGUGGGUCGCCAAGAUCAUCUUCAUGCGCCGCAACAAGGCGAUGCGCGAGUCGGGCGAGGAGGUACAGACCUUCUUCGUCUACUAAAUGUGUGCAAGAUCUGUUCACUACAUGCGCGAGCACUUUGCAAGUUGGUGGCGCUGGAUUUGGUCGGCUACGAUUGAUUUACGAUUUAUGAGAAAGCGAAUUAGAGCGCUGGUUCUU